AUGCUGCUAGCCGCCAUCAUCGCCUCGACUUUGGUUUUGUUGGCCGAAGUCCCGGUCGUCUCGGCCAAAGCCAUCUCACAUAUGCCCGGCGCAUUGAGGAGGAGACAUCAUCAUCUAGAAAACUUUGGGAAGAGCGCUGGUCGGAUCCUCCGUCGAGAACCACAAUCCAACUCGCUCCUGUCGGUGGCGCCGCCCACCAACACCACCAACCAAACCAUUUCUGCCGCCUGCAUCGACUCUCUGAGUAAAGUCACCUCGGUCGACAACGAUGCCGGCCUGGCAGCAUGCUACAAUAUCCUGCAGUUCGAUUCCCAGCAAGGCGCAUUCGAGGCCGACCUCCGCCUCUACCAAAUGUUCGACCCGUCGGGAGAUUUCCAGGGAGUCGCGGUGAACGACAUCAUGCUCAGCGUCACCUAUCCCGCGAGCACCAUGUUCCAAUCACUGACCAAGCGGAAGAAGAGAGACGUGGGGGAACGACAAUCCACCGCGACUGAGGUGCAGCAGUAUACUCUGUUCGGCACGUUCCAGAAAAACCUGGAUAUCAGUAAACUCAACGACACUCAACUCAUGUCAUUGAUGCUUCCUGACGUCAAGCUGAAUGCGGUCAAUGCGACGCAAGCCCCGAUCACUGCCAACGUGACCGCCGCCGACGGAGCUUGGUUCGUGGUAGGCCAGUUCACCGGCGAGUUCAAGGCCGCCCAGGUCAGUCCGACCAUUGCAACGGCCGCCAUCGCCGCCGCUGCACCAUUUGUGCUGCCGGGAGUGACGCUGGGGAUUUUCCCCACUGGAUUGAUCGUCACUUGUGCCUGGACUCUGUUGUUCUUUCUGGCGUAUGGCUUUGGCACUCUCGGUCGCAUCAAGUAUAGAGAUGCCUAUAGAAAGAGAAAGGCGGCUCAGGCUGGUCGAACUGGGAAGAGAAUAUGA